AGCUACACAGCUGCUUAGCUGAGGCAACAUAAACGUCCUGUUGGUUUCUUGGGAGAAAGUGAUCAGUUGAGGUGGAAGGAGGGACAAGUAACUGACAGGAAUGCUGAAGGAGCACUCAGCACGCAGACCCCAGCAAAGCACAGCUGAUGGAUCAUAACUGCAGCGUACAAGAAAGGCCGGUCAAUACUUUCGCUGCAGUGCUCAGACUCUCUCCCAAAGCUGCCAGAAAUGCAGGCUCUGCAGCAUAAAUAACAGCCAGCCAGGAGACCAAGGCGGAGGGCUAUGGAUCAUAAGACUUGUGCUGCAGCCACUGCUUAGUCAUCCGGCAUCAGGUAGGGGGCUGAAGGGCAGGAAGACCACAUCUAACUGCGAAAGGAAUACUGGGUUUCUGAAUCAAUGAUGGAGAGCUCAGGAGGGGCACACCUCAACAUGGCUGCCGUGACCUCUCCGGUGGGAGUUGCUCGGCUGUUGCAGGCAGCCUUUGGAUGUACAACGUUCAGCCUUGUGGCCCAUCGAGGGGGAUUCAGCGCGGCCUACGGCACCUUCUGCAUGUCUGUCUGGUGCUCCUGUUUUGCCGUUACCAUCUUCAUCAUCACUUGCGAGUUCACCCGCCUCCACAGCUGCCUGACCAUCUCCUGGGGGAACUUCACGGCUGCGUUCGCCAUGCUUGCCACCCUCACCUCUAUCACGGCCGCUGUGAUCUACCCACUCUAUGUCCCAUUUGCCUGCCAUGCUGAUGGAUGUGAGGUGAGAGACUUCCGCAUAUCGGCCAGCGUCUUUGCGGGGCUUCUCUUUUUUGCCUAUGCCACGGAGGUCCUCCUUACGAGGGCCAAGCCAGGACAAGUGACCAGCUACAUGGCCACCGUUUCAGGCCUCCUAAAAAUUGUCCAGGCUUUUGUAGCCUGUAUCAUCUUUGGAGCUCUGCUGAACGGCAGCCAGUACGAGAGGUACGCAGCCACCCAGUGGUGUGUGGCUGUUUACAGCUUCUGUUUUAUUGUGACCGUGGCAGUGGUGGCACUCAGUGUCACAGGAAGGACGGCUAUGCUGAAGUGCCCCUUUGAACGUUUUGUUGUCGUUUACACAUUUGUGGCUGUCCUGAUGUAUAUAAGUGCUGCUGUGAUCUGGCCUGUCUUCUGUUUUGACCGUAAGUAUGGCUCUCCACAUCGCCCAUAUCAGUGCUCCAGAACCUCCUGCCCCUGGGACAGCCAGGUGGUCGUUACCGUGUUUACAUAUGUGAAUCUUGUGCUCUAUAUUGUGGAUUUAGCAUACUCGCAGCGUAUUCGUUUUGUCCUGCACCCUUAAUUCCCAGCCCUGCUAUCAAAACCCUCUAAUAGACAGACACCCAAGAGCAAUAGAUUUGGAAUCUGUCUACAAAACUGAUGGCAAAUCCUGAUCAAAAGUGGGUGAUUAAGAAGAGGCAUCUCCAUGAAAAACAUUGUGAAUUGUUUGGGGAUCAGGUCACACAAAAAGAAGAAAGAUUUCUUUCUUUCACUGUCAUCAUUCCAGCACUCAUACAGGUGUGUUACAACAAUGGCUCGACAGGCCCAUUGCUUCUCUCAGGCCUAGUACUAAGUGGGAGCAAGAAGCGUGGUACAGUUUGGAUCCUUAAAAAGUUUAUCCAAGAACUACCGGACAUUCAGAAUUGUAGCAUGUGUAGAAAAAUAUCUGUGCCAGAGAACACAUCUGCCAAAACCACUCUCGUAAUUUUGUUGAAGUGAUAUGUAAACCUACUGGUAGAUUCUCUUAGAAGUUUCUGAAAAGAUGGCAGAAGGGAGAGGGAACCCAAUCAUACCACAAUUUGAAGACUGAGAACGUCCUCCAAAGGAUGGGAAUGACCAUUGCCUCAUGACAGUGUUUUGUUGUGGAUGACAGAAUUGUCCUGUUGGACACAAUUUGAGAAAUUAAGUGAACGUUAUCAAGUCAAACUGAAAACAGGGCAGGCGAUGUUUGCUGCAAUUUUCAAAACAAUUACUUCUAGACUAUUUCUCUCAGCAUUACUUUAAAAAGCGUCUGGGGACACCUCAGUGCCAGAAGAAAUUGCGGUUGCUUCCAAGUUACUAGUCUCCUGAACCAAAGCCAAACUUUUGAACCAAAGUUAUGCUUUUGAACCGUGGCCACACUUUUGAACUAAAUGUAUUAAUUCAGACAAAUAAUUGUUGUUUCUGUUAUGUUUGCAAGUAUUAGGCAACAACCAUCUUCUGGUUCCUGAACAACUUUGGCAUCAUGCAAGCUACAAAUUACUUUGUAAUGGUCUGGUCUCUUUGGUCUCUUUUGCAAUGUGUAAAGGACAUAAUGCAGCAUUUUCAUCCAUUUAGCCAAGUGCCUCUUUUCAGACAUGACCUCAGGAUGUGCCACUUCUUGGUUCACAGCUUAGAAGACACCUGCCUAGCCCGUACGAGAGAAGCUGACCAGUCUUCUACAAUAUGAAUCAGGCUCUUUAUCCAGUUCUUUUCAUCCAAAGCCAUUUAAAAUACAAUAAACCAAAGCAAGUUUCUAUUAAAUGUGUGUGAAUUAGGUAUAAGUGUUUUAUUUCAUCUCAAAAUAAAAAGGGCCAAUUAGCAAACACGUGUGGCUUUUUAAAAAAAUCUGUAUUACAGACACAUAAGAAGGCGUACUUGUAUUCACAGAACACCCGUGUUUGUAUUUUUCCUUCUCUUCUACUAAUAAUU